GCUGAGGCCAACUUUUGCCUGGUCACCCACGGUACAGGAAGCUUCACAAAAAGGAAAUCAGUUGAUCACAAGAGGAAGUUCAUUGUUCUGCACAUUUUUGGGUAUUUUGGGUUCUGUUAAAUGUCUCUAAAGAUCUUUGAAUUGGUACUUGCAGCUACCAUGGAUUGGCAGCUUCGGAGUGAACAGUUACGAACUUGGGGCUCUGCCAGAGACUGAAAUGACUUUGAAGUUGGAACUGCAGUGCAAUGGACUGGUGAAACCAUGAGACUCCGACCUUUGAGCUGGAUGAAUGUUCCAACAGCUGUUCUGUAUGGCUUCUUAUCUCUCUUUGUCUCCAUUUUACAUAAUGUCUUCCUCCUGUAUUACGUGGACACCUUUGUUUCUGUUUACAAGAUUGAUAAAGUAUCCUUCUGGAUUGGUGAGACCGUUUUCCUUGUAUGGAACAGUCUGAAUGAUCCAUUGUUUGGCUGGCUCAGUGAUCGCUCAUUUCUGAGCUCACAGAAAUCAGGAGCUCCGAUCUCUUCUCCAGAAGUCGUACUGAAACGGCUGAGGGCACUAAUGCGGAAUGGACCCUUAUUUGCACUCUCGUUCCUUUCUUUCUGGGUGGUGUGGGCUCGCCCAGGGAUACAGUUCCUUAUCUGCCUCUGUUUAUAUGAUGGAUUCCUCACUGUGGUUGAUCUCAAUCACAAUGCCUUACUGGCAGACUUGGCAGUGUCGGAAAAGGACAGGACUCGACUGAAUUUUUACUGCUCCCUCUUCAGCGCGUUUGGCUCCUUGUCUGUCUUCAUGUCGUAUGCGGUUUGGAACAAAGAAAAUCUCUUCAGGUUCAGACUGUUCUGUGUGGGCUUAGCUGCCUUUUCCAUUGUGGGUUUUAGCAUCUGCACCUGGUUUCUCAAGCAGCGGUUCGAGUCUGAAGUCAAAAUCAAAGAUGAGAAGGCUUCGAUGUUGAAAGAGUUGUAUGUUAACCAAGCAUCUAACAGUCAGGAGGAGAAGCUAACGUUUGGAGAGUACCUGAAACAGCUGUCCAGGCAUCGGAACUUUGUCUGGUUUGUGUCCAUGAACCUGGUGCAGGUUUUCCACUGCCACUUCAACAGUAACUUCUUUCCCCUGUUUCUGGAGCAUCUACUUUCAGACAAGAUUUCCCUCUCCACAGGUUCCUUUCUCCUAGGUGUUUCGUACAUUGCCCCGCAUUUAAACAACCUUUACUUCUUGUCACUGUGCCACAGAUUUGGAGUGUAUAAGGUUAUCAGAGGAAUGUUCUACCUGAAACUGCUACUAAGCUUGAUCAUGCUGAUGGCAGGAGCAGAUCAAGUAUAUUUGCUGUGUUUCUUCAUAGCCAGCAACCGAGUGUUCACCGAAGGCACCUGCAAGCUGCUGACCCUGGUCAUCACAGACCUUAUAGAUGAAGAUUUUGUCCUGAACAGGAGGAAGCAGGCAGCUUCCGCGUUGGUGUUUGGCAUGGUUGCUUUGGUAACGAAACCCGGACAGACGUUCGCCCCACUGAUGGGCACCUGGUUGUUGUGUGUUUACACAGGCUUUGAUAUCUUUCAGCAUGAUGCAUUACACGAUAUAGUCCUGACAAAGGAGGUGGCGGAACCCAACCUGGCGUGGAGGACAGCCAUCCGUCAAGGCUGCUUCUACCUGCUGGUCUUCAUCCCCAUCACCAGCGCAGUGCUGCAGCUUCUCGCCUGGUCUCAGUUUACUCUCCGCGGUAAAAGACUCCAGACAAUAAAAUCCCUGAGGCAGAGCACGGCCCAGGAAAGUCUGCAGGACAUCAAAGCAAUCUGAGGCCAUCUCUACCGUACAGACCAUCACCCUGAUCUUUGGAGCUAGGCUGCACCUUCCCCUUGUGAACUAGUGCAUAUGAUUUAUUUUUCCUUAUUAACUCACUGCCACUUCAGCUCAGGAUAUAGAUACCUUCAGUGGACCAAUCAUUAAUAAUAUUGUUUUCUUAUUUAGAUGGUUUGUGAGUCUGAAAUAUUAAGAGCCCUCAUUAUUUCCUUUCUUGUUUUAAAAGGGAUCUGUCAAACAGACCUGGUGCCUAACCCCUUCCGUGUGUUAUUUUUGUAUCUUAAAUCUUCACAACUCACAGAAGAGGGAAACAAACAGGCCUAUAAAGGCCAGGGUCCAUUACAUACUUGGUGCAUUUAGAUUUCGUCCAUGAGAUUCACUAGUUCAGGUUUCCAAAGGAUGUUAGUCACCGCUUGCUACAUAUGCUUUUGCUGGUUUAGCUUCCUAGUUUGCUUGUAUUUAUUGUUCCUAUGGGGUAUGGGCAUUGAGAACUAUUUCAUGGAGACCCGAACAUUAAGCCACUGCAAGAUAAACAAGACAGUGGUGGCAAAAAAAAUUAGACCCCAUUGUCAGAGCCUCUGCUCUUCCACCACAUUCCCUCCUUCCAGAAAAGCAGACUUAAAAUAGUAGUGCUCGCAGUGCUGUACGUUUGCACCUUGUAUCACACUCUUGCUGCCACCAUGUUGGAUUGAGCAGCUUUAAGCUCUGAUCCCACACCGGGGCUACAUCGUUUCCAGGAUUCAGUUCUAUUUGGAAAAGACAUGAUUGUGGACACUCAGUGCAUUUCAUCAUUUCAAAAUACUGGUUGUGAUGCCGGGGGCAGCAGGUGGCAGCAGCUAAAGGUUGUGAUGAGAAAAUCUCAGUUUCAGUGCCCAGCAAUGGGGAAGUGAAGCCACCAGGGCUAGAGCACCUUCUGUCGAUUUGUGUCAAGCCAGCACAAGGAACUGACCCCACAAUUUUGCUCUGGUAUAUUUAGUGGUUCCCGAAUGUGCCUCAUAGUCACUUAAGAUCUGUUGUGCACUUAAAUAAUUCUGCUUCAGCAAACAUUCUACCUUAUGCAAUCGCUGAGGAACUUGGUGAUAACAUAAUGGAAGCUUUUAUGGGGUUAACAUCAAAGACGCUUUUGUGACAUGAAUCCACCAUACUUAUGAAUGUAUUAAGUUUAUAAUCCGUGGUAUAAUUCAUCAUAGACCAAUCUAUUAGUAAGGGACCAAUUGUUACAUUUUCAUGUGGCAAAUCAUCAGGUCAGGCAAUAAACAUUCAAUUUUAAUGUGCAAAUGUUAGAUCCAGGACAAGGGAUUUUUUUUGUAUAUGGGAUGCCCAGGGUUUGGUUGUGGUGUAGCAUUUUAAGGACCAAGGUCCAUCCAAUUCACCUUCCAACAGCCUGGCAGUCGCUUGACAUGUUGUGUCCCAAACUAUACACUUUAUCCCCAGAUUUUAUUUUCUAGCAGAAAUCUAUCUAAUUUGUUCUUGAUACAAACAACACUUUCUGCUUCCACCAUCACCCUAGGGAGCCUGUUCCAUACAUUUACUGUUCCAUACGUUUAACUCCUUAAAAUCCCAGAUCCUGCUCUCCUAAAAUUGCAUUAGCUUUGUUGCAUGCAGUUAUGAGACAUUAACUCAUCUGGGAUGCAAAAUAUAUUUGCAAACUUCACAUAGCUUUUCAAAAUUAAAGUUAUUCUGAUUGCUUUAUUAAGCAUUCAUUUUAGCCAUUCUUUAGGUGCAAUUGGAUUGGUUUUGUGUAACUGGGAAGAAAAUGAAAACUUCUUUUUAAUGCUGCUGAGAAAACCUAACUGUUUAGGUGCUUUGAAAACCGCAAAAGCCUGAAUAUAGAAACGAUACUGCCUUAUAUACAAAUACUUUCAAGUCCAGAGUUUUCUGUCAUGCUAAUCAAAAGGAAUGUCUCGGUUACAAACUUUUCAAAUUUGUGUUAUGACAUUUUCUCGUCUCUCUGCGAGGGAGUGAAGGGAUCAUUCAUUAGUUUGUGAAAAUUAUUUCCUUUUAAUUUUUUUGCAAUAUGUAAUAAUGUUUCAGUAUUUCUUAAAAUCAUUUUGACCCAAGGAAAGUAUUGUCAUUAUCUAGUUUUAACUUCUGAUGAACCUGAAUCUUGUCACCCAAAGUAGUGUUUGUCUGUUUGGAGGAAUUGUGAUACUGUAACAAUGAACGUGAUUUUUUUGGAAAUGUCUCUGGUUUUAAGACUCUUGUAACAUAAGACUGACAGAAUAUAUCUGUUAACUGAAUACACAGUUCUGCAGUACAUUUACACUGUUUUUGUACAAUUUCUAUUCUGUGCAUUCUUUACCAAACAGAAUUUUUGAAGAUCAAAGGAAUUUUACUUAACUUAAAGAAUUAUGUAUUAAAAAAGACGCU